AUGGCCUUGGCGGACCCUGGGAGUGGCAGCCCCCAGCCCGGCCCGGCCUUCCCAGAGAUCGUGGAGCUUAACGUCGGCGGUCAAGUCUACCUGACUCGCCACAGCACCCUGCUGAGCGUCCCCGACUCGUUGCUCUGGGAGAUGUUCGCCCCCAACGGCAGCCAGCCCUUGGCCCGUGACAGCAAGAACCGCGUCUUCGUCGACCGAGACGGUUUCCUCUUCCGCUACAUCCUCGACUACAUGAGAGACCGCUGCCUCGUGCUACCGGAAAACUUCCCGGAGAGAGGCCGGUUGCGGCGCGAAGCCGAGUACUUCCAACUCCCGGAGCUGGCCCGGACGUUGGCGCCCGAAGCCGGCCGGCAGGACUCAGACAAGGAGGGCCAAAGUGACUCCGAGGAUCUUUCCCCCGGGCCCGACGCCCCGGGAAUCUCACCCGGCGGACAAAGCACACGGAUAUCCGGCUUCAUCACAAUCGCCUGCCGGGGCUCGUAUGCCCUGGGCCGGGCCGGCCAGGCAAAUGCCAAAUUCCGCCGGGUGGCGAGGAUCACGGUCUGCGGCAAGACGGCAUUGGCCAGGGAGGUAUUUGGCGAGGCGCUGAAUGAGAGCCGGGACCCCGACCGAGCGCCGGGGCGCUACACGUCCCGCUACUACCUCAAGUUCACCUUCCUGGAGGAAGCCUUUGACCGGCUAGCCGGCGCUGGGUUCCAGAUGGUGGCCAGCAACUCAACAGGGACCUGUGCCGUUGAGCCGGCGGACUGCAAGAUAUGGACCUCGUAUGCCGAAUACGUCUUCUACCGUGAGUGA